AUGAAUGGGCAAAAUGUUGUUACAAUGAAGAUUUUGGUUGUUUUGACACUUUGGAUGUUGCUCGGUGUUCACUUAUGGAAUGAAAGAGUUGUUAAAGUGGCUAAAUUUGAGUAUUGGGAUGUAAAUGUCAUUAGAUCAGAGGCAAUGUUUGCAGGGUUAGGCCAUUUUUCUAAGAAAUCAAUCAAGCAUAGAAGUGAAAAAGGGGAAUCAUCAAUUAAAGCAUUGGGUCAGAAGAUGUUGAUGGAGAUGAAAAGUCCACUCAGGAUUGAUAAAAGGAAGAUGGAUGCUUUGUUGGUAAAGGUAAAGCUGUUAAAAUCUGGCGACAAUCAAAUAAUCAGUUGUCAAGAACAUGAUGAAAGCCCUAUACUUUCAGUUCACCGUCGGAGUUCUACCAUUAUAUUUGGUUACAUUCACAGGUAUAUUGUUUGUUUUAGCGGAAGUUGUCAAACAACAUCUAUGUCGAUCGUUUCCAGAUCGACAUCUUCUUCUGCAGAAAGUGAACAAAUAAAGGAAAUGCAAGAAGAAAUUAAUGCACUUAAAGAAAAGAAUUCAAAAAUUGAUGAAUUAACACAGGCAAUCAUAUUCUUAACGCAAAGGGACAAGGCGAGGACAAAGGAAAUUGAACUCUUAAUGCAAAUGCAGAAUUUUAGUGGAAGACAGGGAUUGGAAUCACCCGCUGAUGGUAGACGUUCAUCUGAGUCUAGCUACCGUAUUGGAGAUAAUGGAACUUCAGGGGGGGACAAAUUAGACUUUGCUAUGAUCGAGAUAAUUAGAUUGUGA